ACCAAAGUGUCGUCUGGAGACCAUGUACAGUCAAGUCUGGACGAUGUUGCGUUCUUUGAUGAUUUGAUCUUCUAAUCAACUCACUUUCUAAGGAAUAUGGCACAUCUCAUCGCCUCAUCUCCACUCUCCUCUCCUCCGCCAACUCGAUCAUCCGGCAGAUCAUUCACUUCCGCACCAGACACAACAUCAUACCGACCAACCAGAGAACUUCCCUUUGAACUCGCCCAGCACGUCCAGACAUACUACGAAGAACAACUCUUUACCCAAGCCUACAACUUCUUGCUCUCCAUCACCAGCAACAGUGCCUCCUCACUGAACCGCUCCGCUCCAGUCUCGAUACCACCACCAUCCCAUCUCGCACUUGCGGCCACAAUCACUGUCCAUCCCGUCUUCACAACCCGAACACACUCUCGCGAAAAGUGGGAUCAAUCAAAUGCUGCGCUGCGCUUACUCCGAACAGUCCACAAGACCGUCGGCCCAGUCAACGCCGACUUCAGCACGGCAUUCAGUUUCCGCAAGUACGAUUUCCGAUCAUCUCGCCAUGGCGGUGGCGGCGUCCGCUUCGACGAUGAAGAUGGUGAUGCAAGUGGGAACGACGACCUAGGCGAGCACGGCUCAAAUCUGAACACACCCUAUGCCGGGGUUCAAAGCUUAUGGGCCGGUGCCGAGGACUUCUGGCAACUCGCAGGCUGGGCUUUCAAUUGCGCCUGUCUACCAGGCAUCCACGCCGCUCGAUGGAGUCACUACCGCCUCCUCCUCGAAUUUCUAGUCGACGUUCUCGAGACAGACUGGCACCUUCGUUACGCCGGUUCCACCGAAUCACCCGAAGAGAGUUUGAUAUGGCAAUACAUCGAACUAGCAGCCGGCGGCCACGCACGAGCCCGACGUAUCGUCCGCGCCAUAUUCGCAGACGGAUCGACGCGCUCAACGAGUGAAUUCCGCGCCAUAUUCGUCCACGAGCUCAAAGAACCUGUGGCACACGACGCGAAGAUCAAAAAACGAGAAGUCGACGUUGAUAUUGAGAACGAGAUCUACGGCGACUACUUGGUCAACGAUGACUCGGACUUAUCUGACGAGGCUGACGCCACUAGCACGGGUACUGGACGACCGUCGAAACGUCUGCGCACACGCACAGCAACACGCACGCCCUCUGCACGAAGUAGCAACAACAGUCUGCGGAGCGAUUACGAGGAUGGUGAAGCGGCAACGUCGUCCUCGGCGACAGCACUGGGAGACCCAGCAUGCGUGAAUCUGAGAUUACGCCUGCUCCGCCUUCUUACAUUUAUCUCAUCGCAUCCCAGUCUGACAUCGACAAGCCCGACCACAUUUCCUGACUUGGAAGACCUGUUCACUUUAUUCGUCGAGUUCAUCAAGCCCCUACCACUUCCUGUCUUCACGCAGGUCAUUCUUGCGGCUCAAGUCUUCGAUCCACAGACGCACACUCUGCUUUGCGAGUCUCUACUGCAACGCAUCCUCGAAAACUCCGCGCCAGCCAUUCGGUCCAACGUGCUUCUUUCCCAGUCUAAACUGCAGGAAGAGUACCUCCCCUUUGCUGCGGGCCGGAACAGCAUCGACGCCAAUGCCAGAGUGUCGUUGCUUUUGGAAGCGUUGACACGUAGUCUCGCACAGCUGAAUGUAUUGAAAAAAAGCGACGGACUAAGCAAGGCUGUCGAUCGAGGUGUAAAACGCCGAAUGAGCAGGGUCGCUGAUUUGGGCGAUGCGAAGAGACGCAAGAAGGCGGGAAAGGGAGAAGAAGAGGCGUGGGCAUGGCUCGUUGAGAGUGGUGAGAGAUUGGCGAGGACGGUGAGUGGGCUUGAUACUACUUAGCCUGUAAGAUCUACCAAAUGCUUGCAGGAAGCAAGAAGCAGACUUUUCAUGCGGUCGACAUACGAAUGCAAUGUACCCAUCCAAAUCAUGACCCCUGAACUGUGGUUUGC